GGACAUUGGAGUGGAUUCAAUUUAUCCACCGCGCAGAUAGAUAGAACCCACAACAAAAAUUGUCACCGCUCCUACAUUGUAGGAAAUUAUUAAUUGCUGAAAAUUUGUUGCCCACUGUUUACAAUACAUUCAGUUCCCUCAGUUACAACAACUUCAUUAUUUCAAAAUGUGACAUCCUUAAAAAAUAUAAUGAAUUCAGUGUUUCAAUCAGCUUUAGUCUGUUAAAAUAAUUCUCAGACUAUGAAUAUUUAAAUUAUUCCCUGCUACGAUUAAAAUAGUAGCUUUUGAGGACUAAUCACUUCAAUUGAUAAUGGCAACUGUCAAAGUGACCGAGCAAAAAGUUAUUCUAUGUGGGGAAUACGGCGUGGGAAAAACUUCUAUUUUUAGGCGAUUUGCCAACAAUUCUUUUGUCAAUAACAGCGACAGAAAAUCAACGCUUGGAAUUGAUAAUAUUGACAAGGAAUAUGUUGUAGAUGACAGACGGAUACGUCUGCAACUUUGGGACACUGGGGGUAUGGAAAGGGUAGCAUCAGUGACAUCGAGUUAUUAUAAAUUCGCAGAAGCCGCUAUUUUGGUAUUUGCACUCGACAAUGCCACCUCCUUUCACCUUCUUUCUCAGCACCUGCUUGAUAUAGUCACCUACGCUGAAAAUGCAAAGAUAUUUCUUUGUGGGAACAAAAGCGAUCUCGAGGGUGCAAGUCCACAAGUCACAGAUGUCGAGAUGGAGCAAUUCUGUGAACAAUGUCACAAUCUGAUCUCAGGAACUUACAAAACUUCGUGCAAAACUGGAGCGGGUAUAAACGAAAUGUUUGAAGACAUUGCACAGCAUCUAGUUGAAGCUAAUCGUUCUCGAAUGGACCUUCAUGACAUGGAGAAGGACCACUUUAAAAUUUCUUACGCCGACGAGGCUACUGAAUCUUCUUGCUUAUGUUAAGCCGGCUCUUUCCUGGUACUAAAGCUUCUUUGCUCAAAUGCCUACUUCAAGACAGAAACACACACAAACUAAAGGUGCAGUGAUAAAAACUUUUAACCAAACUCCGAAUCAAGACUUUAACGAGAGUACGAAUUGAGUAUACCGAUCCUCGCAAGCUUUUUUUUUAAAUCUAUGAGUAUAUGAGACAAUGUCAGGGUGGCCGUUGUAAUAAAGAAAAACAUUCCUGGCGAUUUUCCGGGUAGGAAAUAUUUUCAAAGGUCAAUGAAAUUUUGAAAAUUCUAAAUCUUGAAGAUAAAACUUUUUCACUUGA